UCCAUCACUCCCGUUUUUCUGCUUCAUCUUCUUUUCUUCCCCCUUUUUCUCUCUUCCCAAUAUUCAUGCAAUUUUUGUCCCUCAAUAUCUGCUCUUUUUCUAUAAUGGGUUUCCCAAAAUCUCCAUCAAAACAGACCACAUUAUUAUUAUGAUUAUUAUCUUUAAAUCUCUUCAUUUGUCUUUGAGUAACUGAAGUUAAGUGAAGUUGAAGAGGUUGCGCCUUUUUGGGUUUCAUUUUUCUGAAUCUUGACUACUAUCAGGUUUUUUCGUUGUGAAACUCCUUUAAUGGAGACAUUAUCUUCAUCUGCUUCAAUGCCUUUUCCAAGAGAACCAGCUAACUAUGAUGAGACUGCUAUGCAUCAAAGUUUGCUAUUUUCCGACAGUCUUAAGGAUUUAAAGAAUCUAAGAAAACAAUUGUACUCUGCUGCUGAAUACUUUGAAUUAUCAUACACCAACGAUGACCAAAAGCAACUGGUGGUUGACACGUUAAAAGAUUAUGCCAUCAAAGCUCUAGUCAACACGGUUGACCAUUUGGGUGCAGUUUCUUACAAAGUCGACAGUUUAAUAGAUGAAAAGGUUGAAGAAGUUUCCAGCACAGAGCUCCGCGUAUCAUGCAUUGAACAGCGAUUAAGAAUAUGCCACGGGUAUUUUGAUCAUGAAGGCGUGUCUCAACAAUCUUUGCGGAUAAAUACUCCCAAGUACCAUAAGCGAUACGUCUUGCCAGUUGAGGAGACGAUGCAAUCCUGGACUGGAACUAAAUUAAAGCACCAAGAAUGUGUUGUGAAUGAUGAACACGAUUGGCAUGGACAUAAGAAUGGAACUGAUGAACCUACCAUCAGUGAAAAGCCGACAACUUUAGUCAGAAGAGCACGAUCGCCAUCUCCUCUACGCGCUUCACGACAACCCGAUUCGUUUUCCUUUACGGGCCCAGUGACGAGAAAAGAUAUUGAGAAGAGAUCCGUUUCACCACGUCGAUUCCCGCUAUUGAAUGGUGGAUCGUUUUCGAGGUCAACCACUCCAAACUCGAGAGCAAACUCAAGGUCAACCACCCCAAAUCGCAGCCGGUCAACAACCCCAACCUCAAUCUCACAACAAGUGCAUCUAGCACCUCGGAAAUCAGUAUCGAUGCACAGAAAUGAUCAUCCCGACACGUAUAGAGAAGCGGAUCAGAUCCCGAGCAAAACGAAACGCCUUCUCAAAGCGCUGCUUAGUAGACGAAAGUCGAAGAAAGAUGAAACGCUUUACACUUAUUUGGAUGAAUAUUGAGGUCAAAAAUGUAUGAUUAUUAACACCCGCAUUUUGCACCUUGUGAUUAUUUUAGAAGGAAUAAUUGUAGAUUUAGUUUGGAUUAAUUAAGGCUGGUGUAUUCCAUGACUUCAAUUAUAUCAUCAAAAUUUCAACCAUUUUAUCAUCA